ACCCGGGCAGGAGGAGCUACGUCCUGGACCCCUCUGGAGAUCAAUAUUACUACUGGCUCGUCCUCAUGGUGCCUCCCAUCCUCUACAACUGGGUCAUCCUCAUCUGCAGGUUCUGCUUUCCCGAGCUGCAGCAGCAGUACCUGCUGCUGUGGCUGGCCCUGGACUACCUCUGCGACCUGCUCUACCUGGCGGAUAUUGUGGUGCAUUUCCAUACUGGCUUCCUGGAAGAAGGCUUCCUCAUUCAAGACCACUCCCAGAUCUCUCGGCGGUACCGGCGCUCCUCUGCCUUCCUCUGGGACUUCCUCUCUGUGCUGCCCACAGACCUCCUCUACUUGCGUGUGGGGCUGGGCAGACCUGCAGUCCGGGCCAAUCGCUUCUUGCGGAGUCCCCGGCUGUUUGAGGCCUUUGACCGGAUCGAAACCCGUACAGCACACCCCAACUCCUUUCGCAUCUCCAAACUGAUGCUGUACGUCUUCAUCACCAUCCACUGGAACAGCUGCAUCUACUUUGCGCUGUCGAACUUCAUUGGCUUUGGGACGGACGAGUGGGUCUACCCCAACAGCAGCUUGCCCGGAUUUGACCGGCUGCUUCGCCAGUACCUCUACAGUUUCUACUUCUCCACACUCAUCUUGACCACGGUGGGUGACACCCCCAUGCCCCAACGUGAAGAAGAGUUCCUCUUCAUGGCCAUUGACUUCCUUCUUGCCGUCAUGGGCUUCGCCACCAUCAUGGGAAGCAUGACUUCGGUCAUCUCCAACAUGAACCACGCCGACGCGGCCUUCUACCCCAACUAUGACCUGGUGAAGGACUACCUGCACACACACCGUGUCGGCCGGGGGCUCCAGCGCCGGGUGGUUGAUUGGCAGCAGCAUCUGCAGAUGAAUAAGAAGAUGACGAAUGAGCUGCAGAUCCUCCAGCACCUCCCAGCACGCCUGCGAGCCGAGGUGGCCAUCAGUGUCCACUUGCCCACCCUCCGCAAGGUCCAGAUCUUCCAGAAUUGCGAGCAGAGCCUGCUGGAGGAGCUGGUGCUGAAGCUGAAGCCCCAGGUCUACAGCCCCGGCGAGUACGUGUGCAGGAAGGGAGACGUCGGGCGAGAGAUGUACUUCAUCCGUGAAGGGCAGCUGGCAGUGGUGGCUGAUGAUGGUGUGACCCAGUAUGCCGUGCUGGGCGAGGGGCUGUACUUUGGAGAGAUCAGCAUCAUCAGCAUCAAAGGGAACAAGUCCGGGAACCGCCGCACAGCCAACAUCAAAAGCAUCGGCUACUCAGACCUGUUCCGCCUGUCCAAGGAGGACCUGAAGGAGGUGCUGGCUGAAUUCCCCGACGCCAAGGCGGUGAUGGAGGCCAAGGGCCGGGAGAUCCUGCUCAAGAUGGACAAGCUGGACGUCAACGCCGAGGCGGCCGAGAUCGCCAAGCGGCAGGAGGAGGAGCGGCGGACGGCGGCCCUGGAGGAAGGGCUGGGCGCCCUGCAGACGAAGCUGGCCCGCGUCCUGGCUGGGCUGGAGUCCAGCGCCUUCAAGACGGCCCUGCGCCUGGAGCGCCUGGAGUGGCAGCUGCAGGACUGGGGGGAGGGGGAGGGGUGGGGAGGGGGCACGGAGCAGGGGGCCGAGCCUUAG